UGUGACGUCAUCACGGUGACCCCGACGUUGUUGGACUCUGGACGCUCUGGACUGCAUCGGCGGGGAAGUUAGCAAAUCAGUUGAGCACAACUUUCAACCAAAUCCUGCAGUUUAACAAGAUCAACGAUGGCCCUCACACAAGUGUCCUCCAACAAGUGCGCUGGCGGCUUCCAGAAGGUUUUCGAACAUGAGAGCACUGAGCUCAAGUGUAAGAUGAAGUUUGCCGUCUACCUGCCUCCCAAGGCUGAGACCGACAAGUGUCCCGUCAUGUACUGGCUCUCUGGCCUGACGUGCACGGAGCAGAACUUCAUCACCAAAGCUGGCAGUCAGCUUCCUGCUGCAGAGCACGGCAUCAUCAUCGUCGCUCCGGACACCAGCCCACGCGGCUGUAACAUCGAGGGCGAGGAUGAGAACUGGGAUUUCGGCACUGGAGCUGGUUUCUACGUCGACGCCACGCAGGACCCCUGGAAGACCAACUACCGCAUGUACUCCUACAUCACAGAGGAGCUCCCCAAACUGAUCAACGCUAACUUCCCCACCAACCCAGACAAGAUGUCCAUCAGCGGUCACUCCAUGGGCGGGCAUGGGGCGCUCAUCUGUGCCCUGAAGAACCCUGGGAAAUACAAGGCUGUGUCUGCGUUUGCUCCCAUCUGUAACCCAAUGCAGUGUCCCUGGGGACAGAAGGCCUUCUCAGGAUACCUGGGCUCUGACAGGUCCACGUGGGAGGCGUACGACGCCACCGUGUUGGCGGGAGCGUACUCUGGCCCUCAGCUCGACAUCCUGAUCGAUCAGGGCCGUGACGACCAGUUCCUGUCAGCCAGCCAGCUGCUGCCUGACAACCUGAUCGCCGUCUGCUCCGAGAAGAAGAUCCCCGUCGUCUUCAGGCUGCAGCCGGGCUACGACCACAGCUACUUCUUCAUCUACUCCUUCAUGAGCGAUCACAUCAAACACCACGCCAAGUUCCUCAAUGCCUGAACUGCUGCCACCACAGAAGAAGAAGACUGUUCAGCUCUGCUCUCCUGACAUCAGUCGCAUGACUUCCUGCUGAAUUAACUACACUAACAUCACCUGUUCCCUGGUGAUUAAAUUCUAUAAUGACACAAGUCUUGUUCCUUCAAUUCAAACAGAACUUAUCUAAAGUCUCUCAUAACACCAAGAUUUGAUUUAAUUAUAUUUGCUCUGUGUCAUUUGGAGCCUCGUCAGUCGCUCAGUGUUUCUCAGACAGCAGAGGACAAGUUUUCUGUCAGUGUCGAUUUUUAGGAGUGUGUCAGUGAGCAGUCACAGCUGUGUUUUUCAAAAUAAAAGCCUUGUUUUGUUCA